UCAGCAAGAGCGACUCGUCCUGCGCGGCUCGCGAGACCGUGACUGUGACCGUCACUACCCAGGCCAGCGUCGAUGCCGCGACCGGCACAGCGAACGCCGGUGGUGCGCCUCCCCGGUCGGGCUCUAGCAGCACCAGCGACAGCACUGUGAUCACGACCGUCACGUCGACUUCGACCAUGACGUCGACCGGUACCAAGGCUCAGACUCCGACCGAGGACGAGACGACGACCCUCUCCUCGACAGUGACCACCACAGCCACCACCACAACCACUGUCAACUCCUCCACCUCGUCUUCCACCACCCUCAUGCACACCUGGGGCACCGGCGGCGUGGGCACGAUCGGCACGGCCUCGUUCACCAUGCACUCCUCGGCCAACGGCAGCUGCACCUACAGCCUGCCGACGGUGUCGCCCAGCCACCCGCUGACGACCAUCGUCAGCAGCUCUGCCUCUGCCGGCGGCCGCGGCCAGGGUGGUGGUGGCAAGGGCAACCAGCGCGGUGUCAAGGGCGGCUUCUACUGCGUCGUCAUGGCCGUUGCCUGCGGUUUCUCGCUCAUGGUCUAAGAGCCAGCAUAGAGGAUAUGGGAAGUACCUGAUUGAGGUUGGUGCGAUUGUUAUGCCUUUUUGUCUUUGGGGAUGGUAAGGUCGAUAAGGGCAAAGAAGGACUCAGUAUGGGAUAGCCUACCUGA